AUGUUCACUUCCCGAUCAAUCACUACACCCUUCCGCCAACUCUCAUCAAUCAAACCACUCACCAAGUCAAGUACUCUGCAAUCCGGAUUCCGAAUCUCUAAACCUCGAACCUUUUCAAGAGAUAUGAUGAAUGUAAGAACGUUUAUGAGUACGAAUUGUAUUUAUCAAUCUGAAUCAAAGGAUCAAAGUUCAAUUAUCAAUUAUCGAGAGUUGAAACCAUUAACGUUAACUCCUAGUGAUGAUGUUUUAUUAAUCGAUGUAAGAGAAAUUGAAGAAGUAGUACAAGGAAACAUACCAUCAUCAGUAAACUUACCAUUAUCUUCAUUAGAAAAAUCAUUAGAAUUACAUUCAGAUGAGUUUAUUAAAUUUAAUGGGUUUCCUAAACCUAAUUCGAAUCAAAAGAUUAUCUUUUAUUGUAGAUCUGGUCAUAGAUCUCAUACUGCUAUGGAAAUUGCUAAACUUAAAGGAUUUAAAAAUGUUAAAAACUACAAAGGAUCUUGGAGCAUUGUUUUAGUGAAUGCAAUUCAAGGCUAUGUACCAGCGAUGUGUUUAUCAUAUGAAGUGCUCUCUGUUCACUUCUCUCUCUUACCUUUGUGCUACGGUCUACCUCAUAAGCCGCCCACAGCACAAUGA